UCACACACUCUUCUCGAUUGUUUAUUUGUCCCAAUCUGAUCUCUCUCCCCUCCUCUAAGCUCUGUCCCUUUCCCAGCCUCCCUCCCCUCUCUCUCUCUUCCUUUGUCGCCCGCCCACCAGUUGAUUCCAGCUCAGUGUCAGGAGGCGACGGGAGAGAAGGCCGAAGCAGACUUUUUCUCACCAAGCGUUGCUGCUUUUCCUGCUGCACCUUCCACUCUCACCAUCACCAUGCUGCGCUUGACCUCGUCUCGCCUGGGAAGUCUUCUGGCCGGCCGGCCCACAGCAGCCCUGACCUUCAGCAUCAAGGGGAGGGCGGCGAGCCAACAGAGCCAUGAGGUGUCAGAGGCACUGGACAUGUCUCGGCCGAUGUACUACGACCGCGUGGACAUGCCUCUGCCUGACAAGCCCUAUAAGGACGUGCUGAGUGAAGCUGAACAGAAGCUGAAACAGAAGGAGAAAGGACCCUGGAGUCAGCUGACCAAUGAGGAGAAGGUCGCCUGUAAGUCCCGCCCACUUCUUAAUCUGAAAGUGUACCGUCUCAAGUUCUGCCAGAGCUACUCUGAGAUGAAGGCUCCCUCAGCAGAGUGGAAGACUGUGUUGGGUGGAGUGCUCUUCUUCCUGGGCUUCACGGGUCUGGUGGUCUGGUGGCAGAGGAUUUACGUGUACCCCCCCAGACCCAGGACGCUGGAGGAUGACUGGAAGGCCAUGCAGCUCCAGAGAAUGCUGGACAUGAGGAUCAACCCUGUGGAGGGAUUAUCCGCCAAGUGGGACUAUGACAAGGGCCAGUGGAAGUGAGAUGGGGGGCCACAGAGGCUCCUCUACAGCUACUGAAGGCUUCUGUCAUUAAUACUGCUGUAGCAGUCCACAUGUAAUCACAGAUUAAUAAUAAAACUUUAUGAUAACUCA